AAUUCUCUCUUAUCACUCUCCUUCCCCUCUUCGAAACCCUGAACCUCUUGCAGCUGUAAUCUUGUCGGAAAACUCUGAUUCAUCUCCUUGAAGAGGAAUACCUGAAUAAUAUGCUUCGUUUUUGGAAAAUGAUUUGAUUCUCUAUCCGUUUUCUGAAGCUUGUUUGAUUCGAUUUUCAGAACUGAGUUUUAUUUUUUCUCUCGUUCGGUAGUUGCAAAAAUAAAAGCUUUCCUUGAAGGAGGAGAAGACUCGCAAUUCCUGCAACAAUGGCGUCUGCAUGUGAAAUUAUGUCCCUGCAAGGUUUGAAUAAACAAAGUUGGUUAUUUACAAAGUCUUCAACUCCUCAACGAAAAAGGAUGGUUAGGGCUAUGAUUCGCUGCCAAACUCCGUUGGCAAACCAGUUCAAUAAGCGAAUUUUGUCAAGAUCAUCUACAGACUUCAGAUCUUCAUCUUCAUUGAAGGCUAAAUCAGUGAUUUCGCUGAAUGUCGACACUUCAGUUGAUGAAGAACCCAAGAACAUUUCUCCUGUUGGCGGAAAUGUCCUACAUUUUUACCGCAUUCCAUUGGUUCAAGAGAGUGCAACUGUUGAACUCUUGAAAUCUGUUCAGACAAAAGUUUCAAAUCAAAUAACCGCUUUGAAGACUGAGCAAUGUUUCAACAUUGAGGUUGUUUCUGAGCUUUCAAAUGAAAAACUUUCGGUCCUCAAGUGGCUUCUUGGAGAAACAUACGAGCCUGAUAAUUUGGCGACAGAUAGCUUUCUUAACGAUGAAACCAUCUCAGGUUCAGACACAGUUAUAGUUGAAGUUGGUCCCAGGUUGUCUUUCACAACAGCCUGGUCUGCUAAUGCUGUAUCUAUUUGCAAGGCAUGUGGGUUGUCAGAAGUUACGAGAAUAGAACGCUCGAGAAGAUACCUGCUCUUUCUCAACCCCGGAAAUGGAUUAUCUCAGGAUCAAAUAACAAAUGAUUUUGCUGCAACUGUUCAUGAUCGGAUGACAGAAUGUGUAUAUACGAAGACACUCACAUCAUUUGAAACGAAUGUAAUCCCCGAGGAAGUUAGUCAUGUGCCUGUUAUGGAGGAAGGACGAAAGGCAUUGGAAGAGAUCAAUCAGAGAAUGGGUUUGGCCUUUGACGAACAAGAUCUUGAAUAUUAUACCAAACUUUUCAAGGAUGAUAUAAAACGCAAUCCGACAACAGUUGAGCUUUUCGAUAUUGCUCAAUCUAAUAGUGAGCACAGCAGGCACUGGUUCUUUACUGGUAAGAUGCUCAUUGAUGGACAGCCAAUGAACAAGACAUUAAUGCAGAUUGUAAAGAGCACUUUGCAGGCAAACCUUAACAACUCUGUGAUUGGAUUUAAGGAUAAUUCAAGUGCAAUCAAGGGUUUCGAAGUGAAUCAGCUUCGACCAAAUCAGCCCGGAUCCACUUCUCCACUUGACAUCUCUAUUCGUGAUCUUGAUGUUCUGUUUACAGCCGAAACCCACAAUUUCCCGUGUGCUGUUGCACCUUAUCCCGGUGCAGAAACAGGUGCAGGUGGUCGAAUCAGAGACACUCAUGCUACUGGGAAAGGGUCGUUUGUUGUUGCUUCUACAGCGGGUUAUUGUGUUGGUAAUCUUAAUAUCGAAGGAUCUAAUGCCCCUUGGGAAGAUCCAUCGUUUGUUUAUCCGUCGAAUUUAGCUUCACCUUUGCAGAUUUUGAUCGAUGCUAGCAACGGGGCUUCUGAUUAUGGUAACAAAUUUGGAGAGCCUUUGAUUCAGGGUUAUACAAGAACGUUUGGGACUAGGCUUCCGAAUGGGGAAAGGAGAGAAUGGUUGAAGCCUAUCAUGUUCAGUGCAGGUAUCGGGAUGAUUGACCACAUUCAUAUAACAAAAGAGGAACCUGAAAUCGGGAUGUUAGUGGUGAAGAUAGGAGGGCCAGCUUAUCGAAUUGGAAUGGGAGGUGGAGCGGCGUCUAGCAUGGUUAGUGGUCAGAACGAUGCUGAGCUCGAUUUUAACGCGGUUCAAAGAGGCGAUGCUGAAAUGGCACAGAAAUUGUACCGUGUGGUGCGCGCUUGCGCUGAAAUGGGCGAGAAGAAUCCGAUUGUUAGUAUUCACGAUCAGGGAGCUGGAGGGAACUGUAAUGUCGUGAAGGAAAUCAUAUAUCCGAAGGGUGCUGAAAUCGAUAUUCGGGCAGUUGUAGUUGGGGAUCAAACGAUGUCGGUUUUAGAAAUAUGGGGAGCCGAAUAUCAAGAGCAGGAUGCGAUAUUAAUCAAACCCGAAAGUCGUGGAUUGUUAGAGUCGAUCUGCAAUCGAGAAAGGGUUUUCAUGGCAGUUAUCGGAACAAUUAGCGGCGACGGUCGCGUCGUUUUGGUUGAUAGUAAGGCGGUUGGAAAUGUCGCGGUUGAUCUUGAGCUUGAGAAAGUUUUGGGCGAUAUGCCUCAGAAAACGUUCGAGUUUCAUCGUAGAAUUCCCGUUCUGGAACCGCUCGAUAUCGCUCCCGGUAUUACGGUUAUGGACGCUUUAAAGCGAGUGAUGAGAUUACCCUCAGUCUGUUCGAAGCGGUUUUUGACGACGAAAGUCGAUAGAUGCGUGACAGGGCUAGUAGCGCAACAGCAGACGGUCGGGCCCUUGCAGAUUCCUCUCGCCGAUGUGGCGGUUAUCGCGCAAACGUAUAACAACUUCACCGGAGGUGCUUGUGCGAUCGGGGAACAACCCUUGAAGGGUUUGCUGAAUCCGAAGGCGAUGGCACGUCUAGCGGUUGGGGAAGCUUUAACAAAUCUUGUAUGGGCGAAAGUAACGUCGCUUUCUGAUGUGAAAGCGAGUGGGAACUGGAUGUACGCAGCAAAACUCGAUGGGGAAGGGGCGGAUAUGUAUGAUGCAGCUAUUGCUCUAUCGGAGGCAAUGAUUGAACUUGGAAUCGCUAUUGAUGGCGGGAAAGAUAGUUUGUCAAUGGCUGCCCAAUCAUCGGGGGAGAUUGUGAAGGCACCUGGAAAUCUGGUAAUAAGUGCUUAUGUUACUUGUCCUGAUAUAACGAAAACAGUUACUCCCGAUUUGAAACUCGGAGACGAUGGAAUCUUGAUUUUCAUUGAUUUAGCUAAGGGGAAACGACGUCUUGGUGGAUCCGCCCUCGCUCAAGUGUUUGAUCAAGUCGGUGAUGAUUGUCCCGAUCUUGACGAUGUUUCUUAUUUGAAAACUGUGUUUAACGGUGUUCAGGAUCUUCUCACGGACGAUCUGAUCUCAGCCGGUCACGAUGUCAGCGACGGUGGCUUGAUUGUUUCCGCGCUUGAAAUGGCGUUUGCUGGGAAUUUGGGUGUUCGUUUGAACUUGACUUCGUCGAACAACAAUAGCCUCUUCGAAACCCUAUUCUCAGAAGAGCUCGGACUUGUUCUCGAGGUUAGCAAGAAUAAACUCGAUCUGGUAACGAAAAGACUUGAGAAAGCUCAUAUUUCGUCCGAGAUAAUUGGAGAAGUAACUACCGAACCAGUAAUCAAGUUGAUCGUGGACGGGGUAAGCCAUUUGACCGAGAAAACUUCGAACCUUAGAAAUGUAUGGGAGGAAACAAGCUUCCACCUCGAAAAGUUUCAAAGAUUGGAUUCCUGCGUGGAUUUGGAAAAGGACGGGUUAAACAAUAGGCACGAACCGUCGUGGUCAUUGACGUUUACUCCGACUUAUACUGACAGUAAAUUUAUUGCAGCAACCGUAAAACCCAAAGUAGCGGUGAUUAGAGAAGAAGGAAGCAACGGGGAUCGAGAAAUGUCGGCUGCAUUGUAUGCUGCUGGUUUUCAACCGUGGGACAUCACAAUGUCGGAUCUCCUUACUGGUUCGAUAUCGUUACAGGAUUUCCGAGGAAUCGCAUUCGUGGGAGGCUUUAGCUACGCUGAUGUUCUAGACUCUGCGAAAGGUUGGUCGGCUUCGAUAAGAUUCAACCAACCGCUGCUCAAGCAAUUUCAAGAAUUUUACAACCGUAAAGACACCUUUAGUUUGGGGGUUUGUAACGGAUGUCAACUAAUGGCUCUAUUGGGUUGGGUCCCAGGUCCUUCUGUUGGGUCCGGUGGAGACCCAUCACAACCGAGGUUCAUUCACAACGAGUCGGGCCGGUUCGAAUGUCGGUUUACAAACGUGACCAUUAAGGAUUCUCCUGCCAUAAUGUUGAAAGGAAUGGAGGGUAGUACGAUCGGGGUUUGGGCUGCUCACGGUGAGGGGCGAGCGUAUUUUCCAGAUGAUGGUAUACUGGAAAAUGUGAUGAAAUCGAAUUUGGCACCGGUUAGAUAUUGUGACGACGAUGGAAUUGUGACUGAAACUUAUCCGUUUAAUAUGAAUGGAUCUCCUUUGGGAAUUGCGGCGCUUUGUUCGCCGGAUGGGAGGCAUUUAGCAAUGAUGCCUCAUCCUGAGCGAUGUUUUUUGACAUGGCAGUUUCCGUGGUAUCCUAAGAACUUGAAUUUGGAUAAGAAAGGUCCUAGUCCAUGGCUGAAAAUGUUCCAAAAUGCUAGAGAAUGGUGCUGCUCUUCCUAAUACAAGUUGAGUUGAAUGUUUUUUCCUAAAUGUUUGAAAACAUGUUUUUUAUUAACUUAAAUUUGGAUAUUGGGUAUUUCAAAGUUACACACCCUGUCCAAAAUGCAUAGAUUGUAACAUUAUUUUGCAAAUUUUGGGUUUUUUUUGUUCUCUUUAAGAUUUUGAAUUCAAAUUUAAA